AUGGGAGAACGAGGGGGCUUGCUUGUGUACCGGGACGGAGGGCCCAUGACUAGAUCCUGGGGGACCUGCUUGCUCCUGCUCACCAUUUUGGUGGCCCUGGUGGCCAGCACAGAUCCAGGCAAAAAUAAGGUCAAGGUGUUGAAGGAAUUAAAAGUGAUCAAUGCCUCAAAUGCCAACGUGAAGCAGUGUCUCUGGUUUGCCAUGCAAGAAUACAACAAAGAAAGUGAGGAUAAGUACCUCUUCCAAGUGGUCAAGACAGUACAAGUCCAGCUGCAGAUUACGGAUCGUUUGGAAUACUUUAUUGAUGUCAUAAUUGGCCGCAGCAAUUGUAGAAAGUUUUCAAACAGUACCGAAAACUGUUCCAUUCAAGAGAACUCUAAACUGGAAAAGAAAGUAAUGUGCAGUUUUUUGGUUGGAGCACUCCCCUGGAAUGGUGAAUUCAUGGUGAUGAAGAAGCAGUGUGCAGACGCUUAG